UUAUUCAUCUACUCAGGACUCUGAUGAGAAAACAUUAAUGUCACCUUAGUUUGUCCAAAAACUUAUUCUUACAACCUAAAUUUAAUUCAGUAAAAUUAUAUUUAGAACUUUCAAUUGCUAAAACUGGUCUUAAAAUUCAAACUCGUGUGUAACUUAAAAAGAUAUUGAUUGCUUUAAAGUUAAAAUUUAGAAGGAAAUGCAAGAACAAAUGAGGACACUUGGUGGCGCUGCAGGCUUACAGUGUGAAGAAUGGGCUCUGCAGACGUUCAGGACGCCAUCUCUUUAUUUAAGCUGAGAACCAGGAGACUGAUCUCAGUUUUAAGGAGAAGGUAAGGUUUCUCCACUAUCGGAUUUAGUUCAACGUUUUCACGAACCCUCAUAAGUGGAUUAUAAUCGACUUGAGGAAGCAGUGUCCCCUGGACUGCAUCUGAACAAUGGAGACAGCUCUAAGACAAACGCCAGAAAAAAGGCAAGUCUUUUUUCUUACUAUAUUGUUGCUUUGGGGGGAGGCUGGCUCAGAGACAAUUAGAUACUCCAUGCCAGAAGAAACAGAGAGUGGCUACUUAGUGGCUAACCUGGAAAAAGAUCUGAGGCUCAGGGUGGGGGAACUGGCCACUAGAGGGGCACAAAUCCAUUACAAAGGAAACAAAGAGCUCUUGCAGCUGGAUACAGAGACUGGGAAUUUACUCUUAAAGGAAAAACUAGAUCGUGAGGAGCUGUGUGGGGUGACAGAACCCUGUCUGCUGCACUUCCAACUCAUACUGGAAAACCCUGUGCAGUUCUUCCAAACUGACCUGCAGCUCACAGACAUAAACGACCAUUCUCCAGAGUUCCCUCACAAAGAAAUGCUCCUAAAAAUCCCUGAGAGCGCCCAGCCAGGGACUGUGUUUCCUCUGAAGGCAGCUCAGGACUCUGAUAUAGGGAACAAUGCUGUUCAGAACUACACAGUCAGCUCCAACCUCCAUUUCCAUGUGGUCACUCUCAGUCGAGCUGAUGGCAGGAAAUACCCAGAGCUGGUGCUGGACAGAGCUCUGGACAGGGAGGAGCAGCCUGAGCUCACUUUAACCCUCACUGCUGUGGAUGGAGGGUCUCCACCCAGGUCUGGGACGACCACAGUUCGCAUUGAAGUCGUGGACAUCAAUGAUAACGCCCCCCAGUUUGUACAGUCGCUCUAUGAGGUUCAGGUCCCUGAGAACAGCCCUGUCGAUGCUUUAGUUCUGACAGUCUCUGCCAUGGAUUUAGAUGCUGGGAUACAUGGGAAUGUAGUCUACUCUCUGUUUCAAGGCGGUGGAGCUUCUCAACCAUUUGCAAUACACGGGGUCACAGGAGAAAUCCGUCUGAGCAAAGAGUUGGAUUUUGAGGUAACUAACCAUUAUAACAUAGAAAUUGCAGCCACGGAUGGAGGUGGCUUUUCAGGGAAAUGCAAUGUGGCUGUACAGGUGUUGGAUGUGAAUGACAAUGCCCCAGAGCUGACUAUCAGAAAGCUCACAAGCCCUAUCCCAGAAAACUCCCUGGAGACUGUAGUUGCUGUUUUCAGUGUUUCUGACCCAGAUUCCGGGGACAAUGGAAGGGUGGUGUGUUCUAUUCAGAACGAUCUCCCAUUUCUCUUAAAACCCACUUUCAAGAACUAUUACACUUUAGUGACAGAGGGACCACUGGACAGAGAGAGCAGAGCUGAGUACAACAUCACCAUCACAGUCACCGACCUGGGCACACCCAGGCUCACAGCCCAGCACACCAUAACAGUGCAGGUCUCUGAUGUCAACGACAAUGCCCCUGCCUUCACACAAACUUCCUACACCCUGUUUGUCCAGGAGAACAACAGCCCCGCCCUGCACAUAGGCACCAUCAGCGCCACAGACUCAGACUCAGGCUCCAAUGCCCACAUCACCUACUCGCUGCUGCCCACCCACGACCCUCAGCUGGCCCUCUCCUCGCUCAUCUCCAUCAAUGCAUUGUAA